GUCAGCCCCCAGGUCCUAAAAAAAUUUAUGUGAAAAUAUUUUUGACGGUUUUGUGACUUAAAUGCUCAAUGACAAUAAAAAAAUGUGCAUGUUUAUGAUUCCUCCACACCUUAACUUCAGAAUAAGAAUAAUUUCAAUUUGUUUUUCGGUUUAGAUAUUGAUUUAUUUGGCGAUUCAUUUUCGCCCCUAUGUUUCACAUGCAUCAAUUGUGUAUGGCCUUUGUAUACAAAAAAGAUAAAGCAUCUCCAAGAUGAAGAGUUUGCUUCGGCCCUCAUGUGUCAUACACAGGUGGUUCCUUGUGAGCCGUCGAGACAUUAAAACCAGCCCACCUUUAAGUACCAGGAGUUACAAAAAUAAAAACAAGAAAGAGCGAUCUAAGGUUGCGGACAAUAUCUAUCGAUUCAAUCAGGAGUCAUUGGUUUUGUUUGGACCUGUACAGAAGCGCUUGACUGAGUCUGGGCCAGUCAGCACAGAUCGAAGUAAAAGAAGAAUCCGAAAACCUCUUGUGGAAAAAGAGCCAAAUAUUGAUUAUGACAUUGAGGAAGCUGAAAAGCUUGUUGGAGAUGAACAAGUUGACUUUACUGAAUGUGUUGAUGAAGGAAUGUAUAGGACAAGUGCUGGAACCAUUACCAAACAUAAGUCACUAUAUUCAAAUGGAAAAAAGGAUGCUUUGCAUAAAAAGAUUAUUGAAAUCAAUUCUGAUAGCUCCAUUAAAUCUGGAAACUCAAUGGACACCAAGAUUCCGAAAUCGAAAUCUUCUGAUUUACUCAAUGGAAUUUUGGCUGCUUCUUUUUUACCUGACACAAAUGAACUAAUGAUUUGUGAUUCAAUGAUCAAGCUUAUUGGUGAUGUAAGAACUCCUAGCGUCAGUACAAUCCUGAAUGAAACUAUGCCGGAAGAAUCGAGGAGGCUUUUGGAAAACUGGAAAAGAAGGAAAAUAGCAGAGAUGGGGUUAGAAGCAUUUGAAAUUGAAAUGGAUGGUAUCAGAAGGAGAGGCCAAGAUCUCCAUCUCAGCAUAGAGAACACCUUGAAGGGUGUGCCGGUAUCUGAUUUGACAAUCACAACAGAGAUGGAGGGAUUCUGGGAGAGUAUCCAGGACGUCCUGUGCGAUGUCAAAGAUCUGGCCGUCACUGAGGCAAAAAUACUGCAUCCUACCCUUCAUUAUGCUGGCCGGCUGGAUUGCAUUGCUAUGUACAAGGGAAACUUGUGUCUGAUAGACUGGAAGACAUCAGCCAAGAAGAAGAGGAAGUUAGAGUUUACAUAUGACAACCCUUUACAGCUUGCUGCCUAUGCUGGGGCAGUUAAUGCAAUGGACUCAUUUGACUACAAGAUCAAGCAUGCUGUGUUGGUGAUGAUGUAUCCCGAUGGUUCGCCUGCUCAUGCUCAUCUGAUGUCAGUGGAUGUUCUGGAGAAGUAUUGGAGGAUAUGGCUUCAGAGAGUGAGGCUAUACUGGAAAUUAAAACAAAAACUUUAGCGCUUGUUAUGUUUUAAGAUAUUCUUUCAAAGAUAUUCUUAUGGAUCAUCUGCAGUUAAAUUACCCCUCUGGGUUGUUCGCACCUCCCAAUCCUCCCCAACGCAUGCGAUGUUGGUUUUGACUAGUCUUUGCUUACAGCAAUCAUGUUUCUUGUGAAUGUGAAUAAAGACACAAUGUACCCAUAGUUUUGGUGUA